UUUCAAGACUUUUAAAUUCCAAACGGUUGUCACACGAACGAGCGAGGCGAGGGAGGGUUUAUUCAAAAAGCACAGCAGCACUUCUCAGCCACCGAGCAGUCGGAUGCUUUGACGAAAGACGUUUUAAUUUCGGCAAACUGCAUUUGUUCGAGGAUGAGUUCUGUCGAGGUGAAUGAUGAGAAUCGUGGCGUCUGCCCUGGAGGAAAGCAGAACACCACAAUUAACGACAUUUUUGCCCUGGAUCAGCCGACCGGGAGGCCCUCCAUCCUGCGCCAGACAGAGAACCUGCCCAGCAAGACGAUGCCAAAGGGGACAAAGGUUUGUUUUCAGACUCCAAGAAGAGACCCUAUGACUAAAAGAAUCCUAUCGCCCAAGUCUGUCAAGAUGACGAGUGUGGACGAGUGUACAAAAGCAUUGGAGUCCUUAAAUUUGGAUAAAGCAAAUACUCUGCCACUAGAUGCCACUGAGCAGCCUGAUGAGCCCAAACAAGAAGUGUCGUCUUAUCCUGAUGAUAACAUGCCGAUACAGAGCAGAGGAGGCUAUCAGCUGGAUUUCGACAACCUUGAUGCCGUCAAUCCAUUUCAGGGAUCUAAUAAGAUGGUCCUCUCCCCUGCAAGGCCCGCUGCUGAAAACCCUCCGACACUUCAAACCGAGCCUCAACACACAAAACCAGAGAACGCCGCGGAGGAGCCUACCAAAAUCGAAUCCGCACUAGAUGAGACACUUCCGUUCACCCCCUCUGUGGAAAACUCACUGGUUGACGCCUCCACCGACAUCAGCUCCACUGAGAGCAGUGUGGUCACAGUGGUGAAGGUCCCAGCGUUUGAGGAACUGGAUUCAUGCACUGCCACACUUGACGAAAAACAACCUGCUAAAAGUGUGGAUGAAGACAAAAUGUCUGGAAGUUUUGUGGAAGACGCUCCGCUGCCAGUGAAAGGUGCCUACAACUUGGAUUUUGACAACCUCGAUGCAAUCAAUCCUUUCCAAACCGGUGGCUCUAAGAUUGAGAAUUCCCCUGUCCUUGGGAGAAAGGUGCCAGACAAUAACUUGCCUGUCAAGGAGAUGCAAAUUAAGGAAAACAUCCCCACAAAUGUUGCUGAUGUGGCCCAAGAGGUGCCUGGACAGCCUGAGGUGAAACCGGUAGUCGCUGUGGCCCCAAUCCCAGCUAAUGCUCCUGAAUUGCCGUCCCAGCCAUCUGAUGCCCCAAUCAAGGAGGGACCAGUCAAACUUGAGUUCAACUUCGAUGAUGACGGUGAGGUCAAGCAGAAACCACCACCCAGGAAAUUUGGCAAAAGACCACCUGGUCUGAAAUCUAAAGCAGGAAAACCCUUGGCUGUCAAACCAGCAAAAGAAACCCCUCCGGUGAAGCCCGAGCCCGACACAAGCGAUGUUGCUGACGUUCCAGUUCCCAAAGGGUCUUACUCAUUUGACUUUGACAAGUUUGACGACCCAAACUUCAAUCCAUUUGGCACAAAAGUGAACAUGACAAACUCUCCAAAGUGCAACACCUCAAUUCCAGAGCAAACAGACAAGCCUGUGGAGAAGGAAGCCAUAUCACCAGCACGUGCUGGAGAGACUGUCCCAGCUGCUGAACCCAACCCUGCAGCAAAUGCUGAACACACGGCUGCCCCUGACCAGGGACUUCAACUUGAAGCUGAAAAACCCACAGAGAGUCUCCCUGAGCUUGCUGAAUUGUGUCAACCUGAGCAGAAGUCGCAGGACACCAUGUCAGAUUUCAAUGACGAGUUUGUUCCUGGAACUAUGUUCAUGGCCAAUGACUUUGACGGACAAAUCGAUUACCUCGAGCAGUUUGGGUCCAGCAGUUUCAAGGAGUCUGCAUUGAGGAAACAAUCGUUGUACCUUAAGUUUGACCCCCUCCUGAGAGAGAGCCCAAAGAAGUCUGGAGGCCCGGCUGCUCAGAGCCACGGCCCUCGCCCCGUUCCCUUUGUUUCACAGCUUGUAACUCCACAGAUGGCUGAAAAAGGGACUGCAAACAGACCACAAAAGGAUGAUUUCAAACUGUUUGAUGAUGCUACAGCACCACCUCCUCCGAUCCUUGAGGGCCUCAUCCCUCCUUUCCACCAGCCAGCCAACACAGAGGAUGCCAUUAUUGAGGUGCUGAAGUACAGUCAGAAAGACAUGGAUGCAGCCAUCGCCAAGGUCCAGGCGGAGGCAAAGGAAAAAGAGGAGCAGUGGAGUGCAAAGUAUAAAAAGCUUCUCGACGAUGGACAGGAAAUGAGAAAAAUCAUUGCAGAGUUUGAGCUGAUGAUUGCAAAAAUGAUGGCUGAUCAAGAGCAAGAGAGGGAGUUGUCCCAGAUGAAGCUCAAUGAGGCCCUGCUGGAGAAGGAGCAGGUGUCCAGUGACCUGAACGCCAUGGAGAGAUCUUUCUCCGACCUUUUCAAGAGACUGGAGAAGUAUAAGGACGUUAUUGAGGGCUACAAAAAGAAUGAAGAGACACUGAAAGCUUGUGCUCAGGACUAUCUGGCAAGGAUCAAAAAGGAGGAGCAGCGCUACCAGACCCUUAAAGCCCACGCUGAGGAGAAAAUUGGCCACGCAAACGGAGAAAUCGCAGAGGUGCGGUCCAAAAACAAGGCUGAGAUAUCUGCACUUCAAGCCCAGCUGCGCCGGGAGCAACUGAAGGUGCAGUCACUGGAGAAGAGCCUGGACCAGAAAUCGAAGGAGGCCGAGGAGCUCACCAAACUUUGUGAUGAACUUAUCACCAAAGUCCAGAAGGGUUGAGCUCAUUUUGUAAAUACUGUGUAUUUUAAUUACUUUUUUUUUGUUUGUUUGUGUCCUGAUUUCCUUGUUAAGUAUGUUGUUUGUCUUUGUCAAUGUUCUUUACAAUACUGUAAAAAGGUUAAUAAAGAUUUAAAGGUUUGCCAGUCUUAAUGACAA